UUUUCGCGCCAAUUUUAUUGCAAAAAUAAGACUAAGAAAGUGAAAUCAAUUAAUUUAAGCAGAAAAUACGACAUGUCAUUAGGACCUGAACCUGUAUCUUCAAUCUACGAUAGCCGAUUACGUGGAAAUACUUUAAAGUUACUCGAUAAAAAAAAUCUUAUUAAUCGACCGCAUAUUGUAUUGAAGACAUCAUUUUACACACUUACAAAGUGGAACAUACCGGAACGUUCACAUUCUGAGCUUAAAACUAUUUUUGGAAAGACUUUAUUCACGAAAUUGGAGACCGCUGAUAGCUAUUUUAGUCACGAAGAGAAAUUUGAGAAGAUUAAACUCAAUGCUGACUCUUUGGACAGUUUACUUCAAGGAGGUAUAGACUUAGGAUGCAUUACCGAGUUUUAUGGGCAAAGUGGAUCUGGAAAGACUCAGUUAUGUCUUCAAUUAGCUUUAAAUUGUCAACUUCCAAGACAUCUUGGAGGUUUGGACGGUAAGGCAAUUUAUAUUUCAACAGACAAGGCAUUUCCAAUCAAAAGACUUGCAAAAAUGGAAAAAGCCAUGAACACUGAAUCCAAAAUCAAAUUUAUGGACAAUAUCUUCAUCUUUGAGUUCAAUACGGGUAAAAAUUUGCAGCACUUUGUUGAGAAUGACCUUAAGAUGAUUUUAUCAGUGAAUCAAGGAUGUGUAAAGCUGCUCAUUAUUGAUUCUAUUGCUGGAAUUUACAGAACAGAAACGAAUUACAUUGAACGGGCUAAAGAAAUGUGUAAAAUCUUUCGUGAACUCCAAAAAGCAGCUGACAAGCAUAACUUCGCUAUUGUAGCUACAAAUCAUGUCACUUCUGAUCCAAAUAAAUUAAACAAUUCUGAAAUUCCAGCUAUUGGAAAUUUUUGGUCUACUUUAUUAACAACUAGAAUUCGUGUAAAUAAAACAGAAAGAAUUCAGCAAUUUAAAGUCAACGACCAAGAAGAAGCUCUUAAAAUAAGAACAAUUAAAGUUGACUUUAGUCCACGAUUACCUCCAAAUACAGCAGAAUUUAUAGUCUCAUCCAAUGGAGUUCAGAGCUUCAGUGAAGAUAGAUUACCUAGUAAGCAACUACGUGAAUCAAGGACAUAAAAAAGUUUGUUUAAAAAUGAAAGGCAAAUAAUUAACAAGACAAUUAACUUUGUAACUGUGAUAACAAAAGUAAAUACGCACAUUUUUCCCACAUAUUUUUGUUUUUCAAUUCAAAGCAAAUACAAAAUCUUGAAACAAUAUUUGAUUUACAGCUGACGUAAGUACAUAAUACAGAAAAAAUCUCUGCUAAGCUGCUUUAAUUGCUCUCAAUAAUUGUU